AGGCUUUUGGAAGCAGUUCGUGCUGGACCUGUGUCAGGUGGAGCCCAAUAGCCGCCUGCCAAUGAGAAGAGGCGGCGUGAGCAAACUCGAGAAGCACGCCUGGUUUCAGCAGGACUGUCCAGGCUGCUCCCAUCAUUUCUCCUGGUCAUCGCUGGACAUGCGUGAGCUAGCGGCGCCUUUCGUGCCACGCGUGCGGCGUUCCAGCGCCGAGAAGGGCUGGGUGUUGUCGGAGGAUCCGCCCUCAUCGAAAAAUGACUGGGCCGCAGACUUUGAGGACUUGGACGGGCCUAGCCCGGAGAACUUCAAUUUCUGAGGUCCAAAGGCGUCGAACUGUUGGAAAUCUGAGGGCCUGGCACCCUCAGCGCUAGAACUUUCCCCGCACGAGCGAAGCGCUCCCGAGGAAAGCUUUGAAAUCGCUACGCGCAGAUUUCCUUUGAGCAGACAGGGUUUAUAUUGCAUUCAUUGUCGGGUUUUCGCUUGGGGUUACCAACGGUCUUUGCGACUGCCUCAAUGGCUGUGUCUAAAGCUUUCCGCCAGGACCUGGUUUUUCACCUUGGGUUUUGGAACCCGUCAAGGGCCUGAAAUCCGCUUUUCAGGAAACAAGCCACCUACAAGAACAAAAGCGGAAAAAGGUUUUGGUGCUUUGCUUUUGGUGCUUGGGCGUCUCAUGUCUGAGGCGGUUCUGCAUCAGCUUCUGACUUGCCUAGGUUUAAUUGAGCAGGGGUUGCUGGGCUCCUUAUAGCUCAGAUCUUGCAGCGCUACUGCGCGCGCGGUUUGGAGUAGAACCUCGCGCUUCUUGAAAGACGGACGCUCAGGACUCCUUCUCCGCAG